UUCUCUAGGCAUAUAAAUAUGCACAAAUUAAUGUAUCGAUUCUUCAUAGCCAAACCUUAACAAACUUACCAAAAUAUGACGACAGCUCCGGAAGCUUGUUUGGUAAGAAGAUCCAAGGAGGAAUGGCGUGCGGUUCUAUCUCCUGAACAGUUCAAGACUCUUCGGGAGAAAUUUACCGAGAAGAGAGGGUCAGGAGAAUAUGUGAAGCUGUUCGAGGAUGGAAUCUACUGUUGUGUUGGUUGUGAAAACCCGGUUUAUGAAUCAACCACUAAAUUCGAUUCCGGUUGCGGUUGGCCUGCAUUUUUCGAUGCUAUUCCCGGCGCCAUUAACCGAGCUGAGGAGAGAGCAGGGUUAAGAUAUGAGAUAACAUGCGCAAAAUGUGAUGGACAUCUCGGCCAUGUCUUAAAAAACGAAGGCUUCCCAACACCAACCGACGAACGCCAUUGCAUCAACAGCGUUGCGCUCAAGUUCUCUUCCGCCAUUCCCAUCUCACUGAUCAUCAAAAGUGAUGCCUAG